CCUCCUGAAAAACGCAAACGCCAUGGGUAGAUUAUCGUGCAAGAUGCCCCUUCAUGUAUUUCCGUUUACGUCCUUACCGUCCGUGUCUGUAACGCGUAUUUGUUGAUCAUCAUCGGACGGCAGUCACCGCAUCGACCGCUAGGCUCCGGCGUUUCUUGUUUGCGAGCGAGGGCUUUCCGCGUGCGCUUGUGUGCGGCGGCUUGCUGGGGUGCGCUCAUGGCGGAGGGCGAGAGCGCAUCGCAGCAGCCCCACUCGGAUCGCGAUAGUCCCUCCCGACCGCCGCUCAAGGCGCUCGGCGCGCAGGGGGACUCCGUAAAGCUCGGUGAGGGUGGUUCGUGCAACGGCGGUGUGAUCGGCGAGGGCACGCGGCAGUCGGAGAACAACGAGGCCGAUAGAGAUCGGGCGAGAGAGAACGGUAGGGAUAGGGAUAGGGAUAGGGAUGGGGAGCGCAAGGCAGUGGAGGCGGAGAGUGUGAAGGCGCGCGCGCGGCCCAGCGGCAAGGUGGUGCACAUGGCGCGCGCGGACCUCGUCAACCUCGCGGACCUCGACCGCGCGCUCGACCGCGCGCUCUCCCGCCGAGAAAAGCCCGCCGCCGCCCCUCAAGCCGCAGGGCCGGCGGGUGAGGGCGGCGGCAGCGACGCGGACAAGCUGGGGCACGGCCCGCAGGCCGAGGGGUCGGAGCGACCGGCGUGGGAGAUCGACGUGAAGAACGUGGUGCUGAGAAAGCUGAUCGCCAACGGCACGUUCGGCACCGUGUACCGAGGCACCUUCCAAGGAAAGGACGUCGCAGUGAAGGUGUUGGACUGGGGCGAGGAGGACACCAUGUCGCGCAUGCAGCUGGACCGCCUGAGGCGUGCGUUCAAGCAGGAGGUCACGGUGUGGAGCACGCUCUCGCACCCCAACAUCACGCAGUUCGUGGGGGCGUCCGUGGCGGACCAGGGCGGGUUCAUGAUCCCGUCGUUCGAGCGCGGGCGCGGCGGGCGCAAGGGCGACAUCCGCGUGGAGGGCAGUCUGUGCUGCCUGGUGGUGGAGUACGUGCCGGGCGGCACGCUCAAGGACUACCUCAUCGCCAACCGCCGCCGCAAGCUGCCGCUGCGCACCGUCGUGCAGCUCGCCGCUGACAUGGCCAAGGGGCUGGAGUACCUGCACGGGCAUGGCGUGGUGCACCGCGACAUCAAGUCCGAGAACAUGCUGCUCACAGCCAGCCGCCGUGUGAAGGUGGCGGACUUUGGCGUGGCGCGCAUAGAGGCGGAGAACCCCAAGGACAUGACGGGGGCCACGGGCACGCUAGGCUACAUGGCGCCCGAGGUGCUGGAUUGCCGGCCGUACAACCACCGCGCUGACGUGUACAGCUUUGGCAUCUGCCUGUGGGAGAUCUACUGCUGUGACAUGCCUUUUCCCGAUCUCGACUUCAAGGAGAUGGCUGCUGUGGUCAACAAGGGUCUGCGCCCCACCAUCCCAGGCAUCUGCCCGCGGGACCUGGCGAGCAUCAUGCGGCGCUGCUGGGAUGCGGACCCGAAGAAGCGGCCCGACAUGGGGGAGGUGGUGGCGCUGCUGGGAAAGGUGGAUGUGAAGCGCGGCAAGGGCAUGGCGCCCAUCUACGACAUGCCCAACGACUCCAUCUCCUGCUGCUGGGUCACAUGAACGCCUCACGCCUCCUCUGCACACGCCACUCCACUGCAGCUUCAAGGACCGACGGCAGGUAGUGGGCGACAUCAUGUCCUCACAACACCAUGGUGUUGCACCACUGCACUUCUUGUCACAAUCAAGCCUAAUUACACACUUCAAACUUAAUGUGGCUUGAAGGGUGCAGUAUUGUUCCAUCAGCUAGAGUAAAGCUCAUGUUGGUGCUUCGCUGUCACAAAUGGUGAUUACAAUGUAAAAGAAAAUAUUG